CCACCACCACCCCCCCCAUUCCCCUCAGAGUCGCAGCAGCAGCAGCGGCACGGGCAGUAGCGGCUGCCAUGGGAGGCGGCGGCAGCAGCAACGCGCGGAGGACCACGUACGGGCUGGACGACGAGCAGAGGGUCACCAUCGUCAAGGGCGUGAGGCUCUCCGAGGCGGUGAUCCAUCGCAUGAGGGAUGGAGGGGACCACUCACCCCGCACACCGCCAGGGAAAGGCGCUACCCCUGCGGCAGACUCCGGCUCAGCAGGUCGUGAUGCCCAGGGGAGGGCAGAAGCCGACUGGCAGCAAACUCGUGCCAGGGCAGAGGCUGAAGCCCGUAGCAGGCGCAUGGAGCUGGAGCGAGCUCAGCGCGACGCUGCUGUUGCCGGUGCCGCUGCCGGCGCUGCCGCCGCCGGCGUCGGUGCCGGGGGUGACGCGGCGCUCACUCAGGCCGUGCUGCGCGAGCGCCUCGUGGUGGAGGAGGAUCGGCGCAAGCUGAAGAUGGCCGCUCGCCACGUGGAGGAGAAGGAGCAGGAGGUGAUGCGGCUGCAGGCAAAAUACCGGCAGCAGAUCGUGGAUCUCAACAGCAAAAGUGCCACCUUCUACAAGCUGAGCUCCGAUAACUUCAACUUGACGGCCCAGGAGGCAGAAAAGAAACUCCCCAAGGGCCCCUACGUGCCGGUGUGUGGCGACCUGCAGGGCGUGGUGCUGAGCUGCUACAACAACAGCGGUGGGCAGACGCUCAACUGCUCUGCCGUGGCCAAGCAGUACAUGCAGUGUGUGAACAGCGCCAAGCAGCAGCUGCUGGGCAAGGCUUCGUAGACGCAAGGCCGGAACCACUCAACCACCUGCCCAGCCUCAACACUCUCUCUGUGUCUCAGUGUCUCUCUGUCUCUCUCUCUGUGUCUCUCUGUGUCUCUCUCUCUGUCUCUCAGUGUCUCUCUGUCUCUCUCUCUGUGUCUCUCUGUCUCUCUAUCUCUCUCUCUGUCUCUCUCUCUGUGUCUCUCUGUCUCUCUAUCUCUCUCUCUGUGUCUCUCUCUCUCUGUCUCUCAGUGUCUCUCUGUCUCUCUCUCUCUGUCUCUCUGUCUCUCUCUCUGUGCCUCUCUUUCUGUGCCUCUGUCUCUCUCUCUGUGCCUCUCUUUCUGUGCCUCUCUCUCUGUCUCUCUGCCUGCCCCACUCUGUCUCUCUCACAGCAAUGGCUCUCUCCCUCUCUCUAUGCCCCCCUCUCUCUCUCUCACACACAAACCGAUUCGCUACAUUUGGCUAAGUACGGUGGUGCGAAAGAAGUUGAACGUACACACACACACACACGUGCACACACGUACGCACACACAGACACACGCACACACACGUGCACACACACGUGCACACGCAGACACGUACGCACACACACGUACGCACACACACGUACACACACACGUACACACACACGUACACACACGUACACACACGCGCACAGAGUGCGGGAGAGGGGGUGAGGAGAGUGCAAAGUCUUCGGUGUAAAGCUGCCACUAACAAUAUUAAACACAUUAUAUAUACACA